AUGGAGCCUUCCCUGGUUCUAUCUCGAGCUAUGGAAGAAGCGGGUAUGUGGCUUACUGUUAACUCAUGUGUUGAGUCGACUGCAACCCCUGCUGUGGCACCUACAAUUGAGACACCUAAGAGAACCUGGUCCAAACCUCCCCGAGGUUUGCUUAAGUGCAAUGUUGGAACCUCUUGGCAACCUAGCAAUCUUGGUAGUGGUGCGUCUUGGAUUGUCAGAGAUGAGAUAGGUAAUCCUGUGAUACAUAGCAGAAGAGCUUUCUCUGGUGUUCUUUCUGAGUUGGAAGCUUCGCUUCGCUCUCUUGCGUGGUCGAUCAUGGCGCUUUCUGAUCUCCACCUUGAGAAAGUGAUCAUCGAGUUCUCAUGUGUUAUGAUGGGGGAAGCCCUGCUAAACCCUACUAAGUUUCCUGAGGUCCAGUACUUAAUUCAAGAAACUUUGCAAUCUCUCCAUCGUUUCUCAACCUAUACCUUGAAUCAUGUUGAACCGGAGAAGAACAGAGUGGCUAAACUCAUUGCAGUGAGUGUCACCAAGGAUCAACGAUAUCAAUCGUAUGUGGCUCAAGGAGGCCCUGCUUGGUUGGCUCACACCAUUCAAAGAGAGGCCCUGCCUCAUGAUCUAUAG